AAACAAACUGCUUGGACUGUAAAAUACAGACAAUCAUCCGAAUAGUCUGGCGUUUUCUUUCAAAUAACUCUGUCAGAAGUUAUUUUUGUGAACUCGUUGAACAAGCGAGGAGAGGAGCAACCAAAAAUAAUAUCAGCAUCAAAUAUUUCUCGACAUUAUUAAAUUACGGUCAUUAAUCCAUUUCGUCGCGUUGCGAACAAUUUUGGAAUUUUUCAUUGUAAUUUGCUAAAAAUACAAAGCUAACAACUGGAAAUGUCGGGAAUGUCGCAGAAAUUUGAGAACUUUGUGGCAGAGCCCAUGGGCGACAAGGCUGUCACAGAGUUGCCUGGAAUUGGACCGACGCUGGGUGAUCGCUUGAUCGAAUGUGGAUUCGAUAAGGCAUACCAUGUGCUCGGCCAAUUCUUGUUAUUGGCAAAAGAUGACGAUUUUUUCGUUUUGUGGAUGAUGGAAUAUUUCCAAGCCAGUUUUGGGCAAGCUAUCAAAUGCUACGAUUGCCUCUACCGAUGGUGCGAUUUGUUCUUGUAAGCGACUUCUCAGUCGGCUCAGACGGGUCCUUUCUGAAAAGAAAACGAAAGCAGAUCGGCAGCAGACAAAAAGUAGAGCAACAGCAGACAAACAGCAGACAAACAGCAGACAAACAGAAGAGCAACAGCGGUAACAGCAGAUUAACAGCAGAGUAACAGCAGACAAAGACCAGAGCCACAGCAGAUCCACAGCGGUAACAGCAGAUCAACAGCAGACAAACAGCAGACAAACAGAAUAGCAACAGCAGAUCAACAGCGGUACCAGCAGAUUAACAGCAGAGUAACAGCAGAACGAGAUGUACAGCAGAAAAGCAGCAACGACACGAGGAGAGCAGAGCACUGCAGUGCACUGCAGAGAACAGAGGAACAGCAGAAGAAAUCGUAAAAGAAGCAGCAGCCAGACGUAAUUCUCAGCAGCAGCAGCAGCAGCAGAAUUCAGCCGAAAUCAAGCAAUCAAUCAAUAAAGUAAUAUAUUACAUCUUAAAUAAUAUAUAAUAUAUCUUAGAUACACAUGCACAGGCUGAAAGAAAA